AGUAACCAUGGUGAAAGAAAACCACCAAAACAUUGAGAAAAAGAUCAAAGGCAGAUUAAGUUUCCUUGCCUCGGCGUCCGUGCACUCUAUUCUGGAGAAAAAAGGAAAACACGCUUAAACAAGAUUUGACUCAUGUUUCUAACUUUUUUCGUGUUGUUUUCCAUUUUCACAGAAAAACAGGAAGAGAAUGACAUACAAGAAAACAACUCAGAUAAUAAAACAACAAUCCCCCAGAUUCAUGAAAAUGUUGAUGGGAGAGGCAACGGAGACAAAGAAGACCGGGACAGAGGAGAGGGCAAGACGCCGGAGACGGAGAGCAGCUCGCCUUGGGAGUAUCUGGACAAACUGUUCUGUACCGACGACUUCUUGAGAAACCUGGAGCUGAAGCAGAUCACAGAGACCCAGCUGGAUUCCCCUGAUUGUUCUGAACCGGAGACUAGUGAACUUCUUCCACAGACUGAACCAGAGGAACAGCUGGAGUUGAUACAGACGACAGAGACCCCGCUGGAUGACGCUAAUGGUUCUGAUCCAGAGCCCUAUGAAUUUCUUCCACUGACUGAUCCAGACGAACAGCUGUUUGAUGAGAUGUGGAGAGAACUGUCACUCGAAAAGGAGGACAAUAUCCAACCUGCCAGAGCAACUUGCCAGCAGCUCUCUGAUGGUACAGAGGAAGAGACAGCAGCAGGGCUGAGAAACGAUAGCGCACUGGAGAAGGAAGCAGGAGAACAAUGCAUCACCAUUGACUUUAAUUUCUUCACCAAACUGGAGACUGCAUUAGCAGCUUUAACUGAAACACCACCAGAGAUCAGUGAGAGCAACAAGUGUAAAGUGAAAAGACAAGAAGUGGGUGCUGCUCAAACAAAAAUCCAACAGUUGGAGGAGGAGAAAAGUCAAAUCAAGGCCAAACGCAGCUUAAGAGAUGACGAGGAGAGUAAAGAUUUGACAGAAUGUCCGGCCAACAUAGGUAUGGUUUCUGAAAAUUGGAGUCCCAUCUCACUACUGAUGUCUCAGAGGAGCCUAGAAUUUAAGACAUCAACAAAAGACAACAUAAAGGUUGACCGAAGUGGCAAGAAAGCUUCAGCAGAGGCAAUGUUGGGUGACAGCGCCGAGCAGAACCAUCCGGUGAUGAGCCCAGAGAAGAACUGCGAAAAGAAUCCAAAAUCAUCCCUGAUUCUGCAUCCAGAGUUGACUCGUGAGGAUCAGCGACAAAGCCAAACGGCAGCACCAAAGGAAGACAAAGCAGAAAGAAAGGGUGAAAUCACAGAGAUGAAAACGUAUAACUUCAGCCAGAAAGAUUUGCAAGAUAACCAUCCGCUGCUGAAACCAAAGCUGCUUUCUGAGAAGAGUCCAAAGUUAUCCUCAAUUCCACAUCAGGAGUUUGUUCUGGAAGAUCCACGACAAAGCCAAACGGCAGCACAGAGGGUGGACAAAGUGGAAAGAAGACGUAAUAAGUCAAAGGACAGCAAAAUUAAGCCAUACUGGCAGGAACCUGAUGGUUCUAGGGAGUCAAGUGUGAGCGAGGUGGAAAAAGCGGAGACACAAUCAGAAAUCCUUGAGAGGCCGCUGAAAAGAAAGCAAACAGCUGAGGCAGAGGUAGACUCAAAGAGAGCUAAAGAGCUGACACCAGCACAGGCUGAGGAAGACCUUGAAAAGUGCGAAGACAUGGACCAAACCUUUGAAAUGGAUAUGCCGUCGCACGAGACAGGAGGCAAAACCAAGUCACACUUUGCUUCAUAUUCAUCAGGUCUGACUGAGCAAGAGACUUUCACAGGAGAAAGAAGUGCAGAGCAGAAAGCUGCAGAUAUGGAAGCAUUAGCGGCAUGUAGACGGAGUCAAAGAGGAAAAGAUCCUUGUGAGAAUCAACCGCAGCUCGUCAAAAGGUUACCAACAAAUACUGAAUGUAAAGGUGAAAAGACCAAAGGAAAGACGGGAAAGGGAACACAGCGGGGAAGAAAGAAAACGGAGAUUCAAGGAAAGAAAGACGAGAAUUGAGCAACAAACAGGACAUUUUUAUUGUGCCAUAGAUGUUUUUCUCCAAAGACGAAGUAUGAAACCUAAAAGAGUACACUCUCACUGCUUAAUGUCAAAUAGGCUAUUUAAACAUUCUCAAUAGGUCUGUAGCUCAAAAUUUGUGAUAGACACUUAAAAUGAUGGCUCUUCAGGAGUUAGCUCGAGGCAACUUGCCUUGCUUCAGUGAAAUUAGGGAAUUCAAAAUUGCCCCUGACUAUAACAGGUCUUCCGUACUCGAGUUGUACCUGCAGGCAGGUACUGUAGGAAUAUUUUGAUGUAUGAAUUAUUGAAAUCAUGUGAAAACUAAUUAGAACAUGGACAUUUCUCCAGAUAAUGUAGCUGGCAAUGCUGUUUGUCUGUCUGUUUAUUUGUGUUUGACCUGUGAGUGUUUUACCUCAGUCUGUCCAGAAAAAGUUGCAGAAAAAGCGAAUGCUAAUAGCUAAUAGCUAAAUGCUAGUAGCAUGUUUGUUGUAUAACAUUUUUACAUACAUUCACAACAUUUUUGUGUACCUACUAUGACAAAUCUCCCUAAAUCUCAAAGGGUAAGGUAGGUAGUGAAGGUAAAAUGGCGGCAAAUGGUUAUGGAGUAUUCCUGAAGAUGCUCCUCAAAGUUACUAAUACAAAUAAACAUGGACAUCCCAAUGUAAACUGGGAUUGACACCAGCACCCACCGCAACCAUCAUGUGGAGGAUAAAGCAGUAGAAGGUGAGUGAAUGAGUGGUUACUAUGCAUACAAAAACAACACACUGUGUGGUAUGUGGAGGUGAACGUGUGCUGUGUUCCAUAUACGGCGGAAUUCGUAUAGUGGUUAGCACUCUUGCCUUUGCAGCAGAGUUGGGGAUUAGGUCAAUUGGACACUCUAAAUUGACCAUAGGUUGGUUAGGGUUUGUUUCUAUAUGCGGUCCAGUGUGUACCCCGCCUAUCGCCCUAUGUCAGCUGAGAUUGGCACAGUGCCCCUCCCUCAUGUGGAGGAUAAAGUGGUAGAAGAUGGAUGGAUGAACAACAGAUGGAACCCAGCAAUAGUAUCCUCAUGGGCUUGAGAAUUACACACUGGGCCUUUAAUUUACCACCCACUCAUAAAGGCAACAGGAAAGCAAUAAUUGAGAAAUUCUGACUCAGCAUUCCCAAAUAAUGAAUCAUUAUUUGAUAAGUUUUUAUUGUACAGCAAUAGGGCUGAGCCAUCAACGGAGCUGUAAU